AUGAACGGAACGGCUGAACUUGAACCAGUUGUCCGGAUUCGCGAGCUCACAAAUGAGAAGGUUAAUUUCGUUUUGGAAAAUGUCGACCUUGCGUUCGCAAAUUCUUUACGGAGGGUGGUGAUGGCAGACCUCCCCACUGUCGCGAUAGACAUGGUGGAAUUUAUGACCAACACUACCGUAUUACCUGAUGAAUUCAUUGCUCACCGGCUUGGGAUGAUACCUCUCGUCAGUACGGCCUGCGACGAAGCCAUGCGAUAUUCUAGGGAUUGUAAUUGUACCUCAUCUUGCCCUUAUUGUUCAAUAGUCCUCCUCCUCAAUGUCAGUUGUGCGGAUGCUGUCACUAUGGAUGUCACGAGUAAUCACCUCACGAUCGAACCGCCAAUGAAUAUUGAUUUCGAUGACACGGGAGAAGAGUUGGCUAAACGGUCGAAAGAUUUCGGGACACCGGUGAACAAAAAUAGAUUAGGUUCUCAACCGGUCCUGAUAUGUAAGAUACGGAAAGGCCAGGAAUUGAACGUUCGCUGUAUCGCAAAAAAGGGUUUAGCAAAGGAACACGCAAAGUGGUCUCCAUGUUCUGCUGUUGCCUUCGAAUAUGACCCUCACAAUAAACUCCGACAUACAUCUCAUUGGUUUGAGGUCGACGAACGCGGUGAAUGGCCUGUCAGCGAAAAUGGGAAGGAGGAGGAACCACCUCGGGACGAUGAAUCGUUUGAUUUUAACGCAAAACCCAACAAAUUCUAUUUUGACGUCGAGACUGACGGGAGUUUGGGACCUCAAGAAGUCGUGAUGAAGGGUCUCGCAGAACUACAGAAGAAGCUCGCCAACCUCAUUUUAGGUCUUAAAUCUCAUCCCGAGGCUGAUAUGCUCCCCAAUGCUGACCAACCCACGACUGACGCUGCCCCAGCCCCGGCUGCGGCUGCAGCAUCGACCGGGUGGGGUGGAAGUAGUGGUAGCUGGGGGGAUGGAGGCAGUACUGGUGCUUGGGGUGGUGCUACUAGUCCAAGUCGUGGCGGGGGUGGCACCAGCACCUGGGGAGCAAGUUCUAGUCCAGGGUCAGGAGGAGCAUCGACUUGGGGGAAUUCUGCUGGUUGGGGAAGUCCCACUCAGCAAUCAAACGGGUGGAAUGUCUAG